AACACAAAAUACCUACGGAUUCCCACUUUGCCCUCCUCUGCCUCUUCUCCCCAGCAUCGGCCUCUCCCCCUUCCUCGCACUCCUCUCCCUGCGGAGAUCGACGAAUGGGAUCGCCCGACCGAGAUUUCGCGCUCUUGUUUGGUUCAUGAUCGAGCUUCCAACUCUCGCUGGUCCCGCAAGAGCUUUGUAUUUCAUGGUUUCGGAACAGUUAGGGUUUUGAAGCGAGAUCUAAGCCGGAAUUUAGUGGUUUCGGCUGUUGAUCUUCCCAAUUUGGUUAGCUGUGCGGAGAUAUUUGCUUUAUGUGAUGCUUUGAGAGAGAAAUAAGAUGGCUUGACAAGAGAAACAAAGGAAAAGAAGAACCAGCGGGAAAAAGAAACAUACUAGAGUACGGUGAGGUAGAGGGAGACGUUGGACCAUGGGAGGCAGUGAAACAGAUUGCAAGGGGGCGAAGACUUCAGCCACGCAGGAACAGCCACCGGCCGCAAGCUCCAGCCCUGGCGCUGCAGUCUAUCCUGACUGGUCUGGAUUUCAGGCAUAUUCACCGGUGCUUCCACAUGGCUUCUUCCAUUCUCCCGUGGUGUCAAGUCCUCAGUCUCAUCCUUAUAUGUGGGGAGCUCAGCACCUUAUGCCACAUUAUGGAACACCACCACCUCCAUAUGUUAUGUAUCCUCAUGGGAUAUAUGCACAUCCAUCCAUGCCACCGGGUUCUCACCCGUUUAGUCCUUAUGCUAUGACACCUCCAAAUGGCAAUGCUGAAGCUUGUGGGAGUGUUCCUGCAAGCACAGGAGGAGAUGCAAAAUCAUCUGAGGGUAAGGAAAGGAAUCCAAUUCAAAGAUCAAAGGGAAGUCUUGGGAGUUUGAAUAUGAUAACAGGAAAGAACAACAAUGAGCUAGAUAAAGGAGCAGCUAAUGGAGUCUUCUCAAGAAGUGGUGAUAGUGAAAGUGAAGGUUCAAGUGAAGGAAGUGAUACAAACUCUCAUAAUGACUCAGAACCAAAGACAGGUGAUGGACAGGGCCCUUUGGAUGAGACAUCCCUGAAUGGCACAAGUGGUGUCAUCACUGCACCAUCACAUCAAAUGGUGCCAAUAAUGCCUAUGCUAGCAGCUGGAGUACCUGCAGCAGUUGCUGGUCCGACUACUAACUUGAAUAUAGGAAUGGACUACUGGGUUGCACCAACGCCAUCUGUUAUCCCUCCAGUGCGUGGGAAGGUUCCUGCAACAACAAAUGCAGGAGCAACAAUUCCUGGCACACUGGUUGGAUCCAGCGAAAAGGUUCCGUCAGAGAUUUGGCUACAGGAUGAAAGAGAACUCAAAAGACAGAGAAGAAAGCAGUCAAACAGGGAAUCCGCACGUCGAUCUAGGUUGCGCAAGCAGGCAGAGUAUGAAGAAUUGGCUCAACGUGUUGAGGUUCUCAAGGAGGAGAACACUGCCCUUAGAGCAGAAGUAGACCGGAUCAAGAAAGAAUAUGACGAACUUCUCAGUCAAAAUACCGCUCUUCAGAAGAAAAUCGAAGAAAAUACAAAAGAAGAUGCAAUAGUAGAGAUGAACCGCCAACAAGCCGAGGACAAGAACUUGGAUUCUGAUCCACAAGCAGGACAAUUAGACGGCAAGCAUAGUGGUCACUAAGUUUGCAACUGCUUUGUACCAUUUCCUCCAGCCUAACCUGACCAAACCAUGGCAGUGCCCCUACACAAGAACUAAUGCAGUCGCUUAUUUCUUAGUACCAUGUUGUCUAUACUAUCUCAACAUGGUUUUUUACUUCAUUGUCUUGACUAAUCUUUUAGCAGUCAAGCCAAGCAGCGCGACAGUGCUGGAAUCAGUUGUCUCGUUAUUUAGAGCAAGGCUAGCAAAGAUUAAAUGAUAUUGUCAUUAUUGAUCGAUGUGUAAUUGGAGCAUUAUGUAGUUAACAGUGUUUUCCCACAGCACGCCUACAGCAUUGAGCUCAAGAACCACACCAUCAACUAUGUAUUGUCCUAAUUGGACAGAACUCUAAUGAAGCUUGUGUGUACUUA